AUGACAGUCGGAACAUUAUACGCUUGGACCAAUGCUAGAGGGAUGCUGCCUCGUGGGCUAGUUGAAUGGCUCAAAAUUGACAUGGAUGUCGCCAACCCAAGCGACAACGUUGAAGAGUUCAAAAAGCUGUUUCCCUUAGGGAAGAACCCAGCUUUUCUAGGCAAGGAUGGCUUCGAGUUGACCGAGGUGAUUGCGAUUGUGUACUAUUUGGUCAGUUUGAAGGGUGACGCGGAGCUCGAAAGAUCGCUUUACGGAGAAACUUUGGAGGAGCGCUCCCAGGUUUUGAGACUUUUGUCAUUUACAAACAGCGAGCUAGCCCCAAGCGUCGCUGCGAUUGUGAUGGCUGCUAGAACUAAUGCCAGCGCCGAGACCUACAACGGAAAAUUGUCUCAGUGCCUUGCGACCUUCGGACUUUUGGAAAAGUAUCUAUCCCAGCAUGAAUUUUUGGUGAAGGAUCAAAUUACGAUCGCCGAUUUGUUUGCUGCGUCCAUGUGUGGCACGGUAUUCGGUUUUGCUCUCGGAAAGGACAAGUUUGGCGGUCUAACCAAGCUGCAGCAGUGGCUUCCCAAAGUUAUCGAACACCCGGCGCUCAAGGGCCGACUAGACCCCGCAAACUUCAAGGAGAAAACCAUCGUCGCUAAUCCAGAGUGA